AUUUGCUUUCACUGUUUCACAUCCAAUAUUGAAAACCUUUCACUUCGAUUCCGUACACAUCCACCUCUGUUUCUCAAAUUUCGUUGUCAACAGCGAGCUCCCUUCAGUCUCAUACACUGCAUGUCUCUGUAUCUUUCUAUUUCUGUAUAUAUUUCUAUAAAAAUCAACAUCUCCUUUUCUGUUUCAAAAUUGAAAUCGAAACCCAUCUUUUGAUAUAUGUAAAACCCAUCAAAACCAUCUUCUUAAUCACUGUUUCCCUCAUUUUAUGGCGGGAACCUCAGUACUGGAAGGAACCAUUUCUAAUCUUUGUGAUUCUGUAAUUUUUUGAAUCUGGGUUUUGUGUCUGUAAAUAUAAUUAUACGGAAUCUUUUGUUUCCUUGAUGGCGAACCCGUCUGGUACGCAUCAUCAAGAUGCCAAUCAUGCAUCCUCUUCUUUCGGUGGAGCAAAUCCCACUAACGGACAUGGGAAUUCAGGUCCUGAGAGUUCUGUUACAGCUUUGAAACAUAACCCUGGUAUCUCCACAGAUUGGAGCCUGGAAGAGCAAGCAAUUCUGGAGGAUGGUUUAGCUAAAUAUGCAGCAGAAUCAAGCAUAAUACGUUAUGCGAAAAUAGCUUUGCAGCUGCAAAAUAAGACAGUACGAGAUGUUGCAUUGCGCUGCAGAUGGAUGACUAAAAAAGAAAAUAGCAAGAGAAGGAAGGAAGAUAAUUUAGCAAGGAAGAAUAAAGAUAAAAAGGAAAGAGUUGCUGAUCCUUCAAUGAAGGCAUCUCACUUCAUGGGCAGGCCUAACUUUCCUCCAUAUGCAACUCCAAUGCUUCCAGUGGAUUAUGAUGAUGGCAUUUCAUACGAAGCCAUUGGUGGUAUUACAGGGGAGCUUCUUGAGCAAAAUGCAAAGGUCUUCAAUCAAAUAUCUGCUAAUCUUUCUACUAUGCAGCUGCAGGAAAACAUCAGUCUCCUUUGCCAAACUCGUGACAACAUUCUCAAGAUUAUGAGCGAGUUGAAUGAUAUGCCUGAUGUAAUGAAGCAGAUGCCACCUCUUCCAGUCAAGUUAAAUGAAGAGUUGGGUCGCACCAUCCUGCCCCGCCCGAAUCUGCCCAUGAAAUGAUCAUCCAGCCUUGGAUGCAAACAUCAACUCAUCUGCUGAUGAUGGGAAUAACUGACAGCCGGUUGACCUUUGAUUAUGCAUUGGAAAAUGCCAUUAGUUCAUCGUUCUGUAAAUUGUAGUGGCUUUUGUUUUUGCCCUCUUCAUUAUAGUUUACUUUCAAGAAGUAGUUUGUACCACAGAAAGUGAUUUGGUUUCUAUGUAGAAAUAGCGAAUGAAGAGUAAAAAAUAGAGCAUAGUUUCAUUAA